AUGUUAAGUCUGUCAACUGUCCGGGUGACCCAUAGUCGAUGGAGAAACAGUCGAGAGCCUUCGCAUGGCAGCGUACGAUUACCCUGUCACUUGAGUGAAUCCGCGAAGGAGCGUGCGUCCGCUGCGUCGGCAUCUGCGACGGCGCCGCCGGCGCUGGAGGAGCUGUCGCUGGCGGGGAACCCCCUGCGCCUGACCGCCGCACCGCUGCUGCCACCUGCCGCCCAGGGCGCGCUGCGCUCGCUCGACCUGAGCAACUGCUCCUUGGACGCGCUGCCCGCCGCCGCGCUGCGCGGCGCGCUCAACCUCACGGAGCUUCUGCUGCACGACAACCCCCUCGAGGAGCGUCUUCGCGCUCGCGUCUCGCACGCGCCCUGCAUCAUCUACCCAUCGGCCAGAGUUGGGAAGGAAUAA